AGGAGCUGCAGAGCGGCUGGGGCGGCGGCACGACCCGCCACAGCCCAGUCCGGCCUGGCACUGCCCAGCCUGGCACCGGCCGGCCCGGCCCGGCAUGCUCGCCCAGCCGCCCGCCCGGCGCCUCUGAGGCCCCGGCCAUGGGCUGCAUCGGCUCCCGGACCGUAGGGAAUGAGGUGAUUGCCGUGGACUGGAAGGGGCUCAAGGAUGUGGACCAGACCAACGUGGACAGCACCAGCUCCCUACAUGGCAGCAGCAUCCACCGGCCUUCCACCGAGCAAACCCGCACAGACUUCUCUUGGGAUGGCAUCAAUCUCUCCAUGGAAGAUACCACCUCCAUCCUCCCCAAGCUCAAGCGUAACUCCAACGCCUACGGUAUCGGGGCUCUGGCCAAGUCAUCUUUCUCAGGGAUAUCACGCAGCAUGAAGGACCACGUGACCAAGCCCACGGCCAUGGGGCAGGGCCGCGUGGCCCACAUGAUCGAGUGGCAGGGCUGGGGCAAGGGACAGACUGGGACAUGGGGACAGCAGCAGCAGAACAGCCACGAAGAUGCCCGCAAGGAUGCCGACGCCUACUCCGACCUCAGCGAUGGGGAGAAAGAGGCCCGCUUCCUUGCAGGGGUCAUGGAGCAGUUUGCCAUCUCUGAAGCCACCCUCAUGGCCUGGAGCUCCAUGGAUGGGGAGGAUAUGAGCGUCAACUCCACGCAAGAGCCUCUAGGGGGCCACUACAGCGACAACUACCAGGAACUGAUGGAGAGCCAGGACCCCCUGGCCCAGGUGCCGUACGACAGCUGGCCUCACUCCUACGUGUCCCAGGGCAUGUACUGCCUGGGUUCCUCGGACGCCUGGGAGACCAGCGACCAGUCCCUCAUUGCCUCCCCCGCCACCGGCUCCUAUCUGGGCCCCAACUUGGAAGACUCUCAGCCCAGCCUGCAAGACGGGGGCCUGGGCCUGGGGCCCCCCGGGCCCGGGCCCCCCCGAGUCCAAGCGCCGAGCCUGGCGGACGUGUGGGGGUCCGGGCAGGGUGAGGAGGGGGCCCCGCUCCUGCAGGAGGAGGGGAAGCCGACGCUGGAGGAGGAGGGCGUGGGCGACCGGGACCCGGGGUCGCCGUCUCCCCGGGAGGAGGCCGAGGUCCCGGCCAGCGGGUCGGGCCGCAAGGUCUCGGAUGUGACCUCGUCCGGGGUGCAGUCCUUCGACGAGGAGGAGGGCGAGGCCAACAACUGAGCAAGACCCCCGAGCCCCCCCUCCACUGAGACCCCCCCCCCCCCCAGUGGACCAGCCCCCCGUGGGCCUCAGGGGCCAUGGUCCAGGGGGUUGGGGCCCGGUCAGAGGACCCGGUACAGACUGGCCCGGGUCAGGAGGGUGAGGCUGGGACGGGCCCCGGGACCCAAGGGUCUCCCCCACCCCCGGCCGCAGCCCUGGCUCUUCGGGAGUCUCAGAUUUUCUGCACUUGGAUGGCCGGGACGGUCCAGCCCGGAAGAGGGCCCGGAAGCAGGUUCCCGUCGAGCCCAUGGGGUUCGGAGAAGAGCCGGGCCGGCCCGGGGAGACCGCUGGACACGGGUAGGGUCUCAGAUACAGAUCAUCAUACGAGACUCAGUCCUGGAGGAGUAGCGAGGCCCUUCAGACACAGACGGGCCCGGGCAAAGUCGCUAUGGGCACGGGCCACAUCUCCGGACGGGGCCCUGUGGAUUCGGGCCGUGGGCUGAAAUCCUAGGGAUGUAGGCAGAGGCCAUCAGAGAGGUCAUCACCAGGGUCCCCCGUCCUCCUCCACCGAGCCCCGUCCUUCCUGGAGGGGGGACGGGGACACGGCCGCCUGAAGGGCCUUGUCUCUCAGGAAACCUCUUCCCUUCCGGGCCUGGGCCCACCCCCCAUCUCCACGCUGCCGCCCGGGGGAAGAGUCCCUGCCCGGCCCAGGGGCUCUGCUGGGUGUGGGAGCGGAGGGGCUGGUUGAUUGUGGGGGCAGAGGGGAGGCUGCCAGGGAGGGAUCUCGUUGGUCCCGGAGAAGAUACGCUCGAGCUGAUCCGGGACAUUUGGGAAGAAACCUUGGGCCCGGUGGGGCCAGAAGGUGUGUGGGACAAGGCCGAGAUGCCCAAAAUGGGAUGUGCCCGGACCUGGGGCCUGCCCCUGCCCUGCCGUGCCCUCCCCCGCCCAGAUCCCUCUGGCAUUCUCCCUCUGGGCUUCUGUACAGAGCCUUUUGCUGUCAAAGGCAGGAGCAGAGGGCCCGGGGAGAGAGUGUCUGGAGCCGUUUACACUUUUCUCUUUGCCUUUUCUACAUUUUUGUAUCUUUGGGACUUGGGGCUGAGCUUGGGGGUGGGUGGGCCGAAGACCCCAGUACCCAUGGCGGGGCAGGGGUCUUUUCUUUCUAUCUCGAGGUGCCAGGGAAAGGGAGGGAGCCCAUCCUGUCCCCUUCCUCACCCCACCCAGGAGCCAUUGCCCACCCAGAUGAGGGCAGGUGGGAGUCCCGAGGCAAGACAGAGGCCCAGGAAGAUCAGUGAUGGCCGUCCCAGGGUCCCAGCGGAUCUGAACCACGCUGUCUCCUCUCUGAGGGCAGGCACAGGCCUCUCUGGAGCUUUUUACUCACUCUACCCAUAGUGUUCCUCUCCUCACAGAGAUGGGACCGAGGGGCCAGUACUUUCCUCUCCCCUCCCUCCCUCUCCCUUACCUCCCCAACACCCACCCGGAGGGGCCCAGAAGCCGGGUCCACUCAGGCCUGGCCUCUACCUUCUCCACAGCGGGGCUGACCCUGGGGAGCUCCGGAGUCGGCUCUCCCUUCUGGGGUCUCUGGCCAGGACCUCCCCGUGGGUGCUUCGUGGUCCAGGCUCCGUGGCCCUUCCUCCCACUGCGUGGUAGGGUGGAGCAGCCGGGGACUUUUGGUGCAGGAAGCCAGUGCCACUUUGUCCCCUGCUUCCCCUCCCACGUACAAGCUGCACUGAGCUUUACUGGUGACUACUCAGGGCCAGAGUGGGGCGAGGGAGGUGGGGGUGUUUGGGGGCGGGGUGGAGGUGUCUGUGACUCAGAUUGUGAACCUGAGUUUGUUUGUGAUACAGGCGUGUGGGUGGGGGUGACAGAGAGGGACGGGUGUGUGUGUGUGUGUAUGCACGCGUGCCCGCACUUUGGUGACGGAUAGUGGCGGGUUGCAAAUGUGUAACCCAUGGGUGUUUCUGUGUGAGCGUCACCCAGAUAGGAUGGCGAUGGAUCUUACACUCUGAGGUAUUUAUAUGUGUGGUGGGACAGCAGUGUGUGUGUGUGUGUGUGUGUACUUAUGUUUGUCAAAGAGAUGUUGAGGGUAGACAGUGCAGAGAGGACAGUAUGCGUGAACACAUAGGAGUGUAGAUAUCAGAUUAUAUGUGACCCAGAAAGAGAUUUUUGUGUGUAUGUGUGUGUGAAUUUGGGUGACAUUUUGGGAUGCGUUCGUGGUUUGAGAGAUGAGGUGAGUGACCUGGGGGCGGGGGGGGCGGGGGGGGGCAGAUGGAGUCCAGGUACGGCCCUGAGGGGUGACAGGUCAUUCCAGGGCAGGGCCAGUCUGGGUUUGAUAAGAGAGCCCCCCAGCCCAGCCUCCGUUCCCUGAGCCCAGGGCUCAGGACGGGCCUUGCCUGGCAGCCCUACCUGGGUGGGGCCUGGUGUGAAGGAGGGGCCUCAGACAGCAGUUUUCUGCACUGCUAUUCUGGUGGGCCGCUGGGGCUCGUAGUCCCAGCAAGCCCCAGGGCCACUCCCUAUACCCACAGUGCUCUUGCACACACUGCAGCACUGUACUGUUGCACUCCCCGAGACCUACUGCACCUGCCCUUCCCUCCCUCCCCCCUGUGACAACAACCCCCGGCAGCAGAGAGAGGCACAGAGCAGGAUCAGGGAGGCCAGCCUGCUCUCUGUCCAUUCCAGCUGGUCUCCUCUCUCACAACCCCCAUCGGGGCGCUGGUCCAGCUGUACCUGGCCCGGCUAGCCAGGGCAGAAGUUGAGGUGAUCGGUGUGGGGUUCCCAGAUCCCCGGCCUCUACCCUCUGGCCACGGGCCCAGCUCAAGGAGGCGGGCCACGGAGGGGCAAAGGGGUUCCCGUCUGGGCGGCGGGAGCGGGCCCGUCGAGGAUAACGGGCUGCCUUUUCCAGCCUCCCCUCCCCGUCGCCUCCGUGAUGUCAAAACUGGGGCCCAGAAGGAUCCUGGGAAGGGUGAGGGCUCAGGGUGUGAAGUCCAAAUUCUCAGAACCGACUAAGGCAAACUCGGGUGGACAGCCAUGGGUGGAGGUCAGAGGUCAACCAAGAAUUUCCCCCGCAGCGGGGCCGCGGUCACGGCGCUUACCAGAAACUGCACUAUCCUCAGCCCGGGCCGUAGCUGGGCCGGGAAAGCUGGUGUCAGUCUGCCCUCUACCCACCCCCAAGCCCCUCCUCCCCGCCCAGUGCCCAGGACGGUGGUGGGGAGCGAAGAAGCCGGUACGGGAGCCCGAGCGGGAACGUCCCCCUCCUGGUGGCCUCUUUCAUGGCCAGGGGGUGACCACACGUGAGUGUGUCUGUGUGUCUGUGUGUGUGAGAGAGUGGGGGUACGGUGUCUGCCCCCCCGGGGGGUGGGGCUAUGCAUGUUGGGGAGGGGGGGUGCCCAGCUGGCUGGUUCUCGUGGGCUUGGGGGGGGAGGGGCGGGGAGGGAGCGAGGCUGAGGUGGGGGCAUGUGGGGAGGGAGGUGAGCAGAGCUGGGGGGUCCUACAGCAUGUUUUCAGCUACCUGGGGUGGGGGCUUCGAUUUUGUAUUCUCGGGAAUGAAAAAGCUUUUGCUACCUGGGAAGGGGUGUUGAGGGAGGGGAGAGGUCGGGGAGCUGCCCCCGCUUUCCCCCCCGCCCCCAACGGCUCAGGAUUGGGACCUUGUCAGUCACCCGUCACCUUCCCCGAAGAGGCUCUGCCUGAGCCUCGCCGCUGCUGCCGUUGCCGAUGGAGGGGAGAGGGAAUGGCCCGGUCGGGCCCAGAUCUCUCCUUCCACCGCCCCGUUUCCCCCACCCCACCCCAAGAACCAAACUCCCCGGUUCCUCUUUCUGGUUUCUCCUUCGUCUUCCAGCUCGGACACGCCUCCUGCCCGACCCUUAACACAUCCAGUUAUAUUCUUCGUUCUUUGCAUGUUUUCUUAACGCAGCGUCCGGGGACAGCGAAGGGACAGGCGGGGAGAGUCCAUGACAUUGUAAAUUAACACAGAGAGUUUUAUAUAUUAUAUAUAUAUACAUAUGCAUAUAUAUGUAUAUAUAUAUAUGAUCUAUAUGAUAUAUAAUAUAUAUAUGCACACGGACCCCGGGCAGGGGCUCCAGCUCCCCGCAGGGCUUGGCUCCGGCCCCCACUUGGGUUCACUGCCCCCUCCCCUGCGUCCUUCUAACGGGGGUGGGGAGGCAGGCCAAACCCAGGGUUGGGGAGAGGGGAAGGGCAUGUGACACUAAACAGAAUGCGUUCUUGU